CCCGCGAAUACAAACAAAACAGGGAAAACGUGUCCAUGGCAUCUCCGUCAGCCGUUAAAGGAAUCAACAGAGCGAAACCUCCAAUAUCCACUUUACAGACUAUAAUAAUUCAUUAUAACAUUUCUAACAAUCAACUGAGUGGGUGGAGAAAAUGGGGAGAAAGGAAGAAGAUGAUACAGUAGAGAGAACUGAAGGAGGAGUUGUGGUGGUGAACCCCAAGCCAAAAAAGGGAGUAAUUGGGAAGGCCAUAGACUUAUUGGAAAAAGUAAUCAUAAAGUUAAUGCACGAUUCGACCAAGCCACUUCACUAUCUUUCAGGGAAUUUUGCACCUACUGAUGAAACUCCUCCUCUUAAAGACCUAUCCGUCACAGGCCAUCUUCCGGAGUGCCUUAAUGGUGAAUUUGUUAGGGUUGGUCCCAAUCCAAAGUUUGCUCCGGUUGCUGGAUAUCACUGGUUUGAUGGGGAUGGUAUGAUUCAUGGCUUGCGCAUUAAAGAUGGAAAAGCAACUUACGUAUCACGUUAUGUGAGGACAUCACGCCUAAAGCAAGAAGAGUUCUUUGGAGGAGCUAAGUUUAUGAAGAUUGGAGAUCUUAAAGGGUUGUUCGGUCUGUUCACUGUUUAUAUGCAAGUGCUCCGAGCAAAGCUGAAAGUAUUGGAUAUCACCUAUGGAAAUGGCACAGCUAAUACAGCUCUAGUAUAUCACCAUGGGAAGCUUUUGGCACUUUCAGAGGCUGAUAAACCUUAUGCACUUAAAGUUAUGGAGGAUGGAGAUCUUCAAACACUCGGCAUGCUGGAUUAUGACAAAAGAUUGGCGCAUUCCUUCACUGCCCAUCCAAAAGUUGACCCUGUAACUGGUGAGAUGUUUACCUUUGGCUACUCUCAGAACCCACCUUACAUCACUUAUAGGGUUAUAUCAAAGGGUGGAAUCAUGCAGGAUCCAGUCCCAAUAACAAUACCAGAGCCUAUCAUGAUGCAUGAUUUUGCUAUUACUGAAAAUUAUGCAAUUAUGAUGGAUCUCCCUUUGUGUUUCCGACCGAAGGAAAUGGUGAAAAAUAAUCAGCUGGCUUUUUUCUUCGAUGCUACUAAAAACGCUCGAUUUGGAGUCCUCCCGCGAUAUGCGCAGAGUGAGGCCCUAAUCAAGUGGUUCGAGCUUCCUAAUUGCUUCAUAUUUCACAAUGCCAAUGCUUGGGAGGAGGGAGAUGAAGUUGUGUUGAUCACCUGCCGCGUUCAGAAUCCAAACCUAGACAUGGUCAACGGAGUUGUUAAAGAAAAGCUAGAGAAUUUCUCCAAUGAGCUAUACGAAAUGAGAUUUAACAUGAAGAGUGGUGCAGCUUCACAGAAGAAACUCUCGGAGUCUGCUGUUGAUUUUCCACGGAUCAACGAGAACUACACUGGCAGGAAACAGCGAUAUGUAUAUGGAACCACUUUGGACAGCAUUGCCAAGGUAACUGGAAUCAUCAAAUUUGAUUUGCAUGCUGAACCAGAGACUGGAAAAGCACAGCUUGAAGUUGGAGGAAAUGUUCAAGGCAUCUUUGAUCUAGGACCUGGAAGAUUUGGUUCGGAGGCUGUAUUUGUUCCCCGUCAGCCUGGUACGGAAUGUGAAGAGGAUGGUGGCUACUUGAUAUUCUUCGUACAUGAUGAGAACACUGGAAAGUCAGCUGUGAAUGUAAUUGAUGCGAAAACAAUGUCAGCAGAGCCUGUGGCAGUUGUUGAAUUACCCAAAAGAGUUCCUUAUGGAUUCCAUGCCUUCUUUGUCACAGAGGAACAAAUUCAAGAACAAGCGAAACUGUGAGAGUGAUCAACAACGUAUAUACCUCGUUAUCUUAUAUCAUGGCUGGAUCUAUAGUGCUGUUAUAAAUGGCUAUAACUGGCUAUUUCGUCAUUGAUAACUUGAAACAUAAUAAAUGCAUUUAUGUAUUGUCUGUAAUUGCUACUGCUUUUUUCAUCUUUUUUUGAGCCGAGGGUCUAUCAAAAACAACUUUUCUACCUUUUCAAGGUGGGGUACACACUACCAUUCCCAAACCUCACUUUGUGGGAUUACACUGGGUUUGUUAUUGGUGGUGGUGUAUAGUCUGUAAUUGCAGCCUCUACUGAUGGCAUUUUACUUCUAUGAUCAGAAAUGAACAAUUACAACCCUCAAACAUUUUUCAGAAA